UCCCUUACGUUUCAAGUUUCAAGUGCCGACUAGCUUGCUUAGUCCAGAAGCCGAUAGGAAAUUGCCAGUGAAACACACCGCACACUCGAAUCAAACGACGCCGUUCAGAAUGUCGUCCUCCGAUUUACAGCUGCCGCCCGGCUUCAGGUUCCACCCGACGGACGAAGAGCUCGUGAAGCACUACCUCUGCCGCAAAUGCCAGUCGCAGCCGAUUUCGGUCCCGAUAAUCGCCGAAAUCGAUCUCUACAAAUACAACCCCUGGGACCUCCCUGGUUUGGCGUUGUACGGUGAGAAAGAGUGGUAUUUCUUUUCGCCGAGGGACCGGAAGUAUCCGAACGGUUCGAGGCCGAACCGGGCGGCCGGGAGCGGCUAUUGGAAGGCGACCGGAGCGGAUAAGCCGAUCGGGAACCCGAAACCAGUCGGGAUUAAGAAGGCUUUGGUUUUCUACGCCGGAAAAGCUCCGAGAGGAGAGAAGACCAAUUGGAUUAUGCACGAGUAUCGCCUCGCCGACGUCGACCGCUCGCCUCGCAAGAAGAGCAGCAGCCUAAGGCUGGACGAUUGGGUUCUGUGUCGCAUAUACAACAAAAAGGGCACCGUCGAGAAACAGCAGCAACAGCAACAGCAACAGCAACAACAACAACAGCCAACGACGAGUCGUAUGAGCAGCGGCUCGGAAUUCGAGGACAGGAAGCCGGACAAUCUGGCGUGUCCGCCGCCGCCGGCUGCGGUAGCCCCCACUCGCCCGAACGACUACGUGUACUUCGACACGUCGGACUCUGUGCCGAGGCUGCACACGGACUCGAGCUGCUCGGAGCACGUGGUGUCGCCGGAGUUCACUUGCGAGGUGCAGAGCGAGCCCAAGUGGAAAGAGUGGGAGAAGGCCCUCGAUUUUAACUACAAUUACAUGGACACCACUGUAGAGAACGGGUUCGGGGCGCAGUUCCAGAGCGGUAAUCAGAUGUCGCCGCUGCAGGAUAUCUUCAUGUACCUACAGAAGCCGUAUUGAUUUUGAUAUAGCGGGGCCUACAGGAUUGGAAUACUAUGAGUUGACGCAUCGGACGGCAACAGGAGACCCAGGUCGAUGAGUGUGCGUUUGGGAUGCUGUGAGUAGCAAAAGGGGAGGGGGAUUCGAGUCGCGGGGUCCACCAUUUGGGCCCAAGGCUGGGUGGAUUUGGGACCGUUGAUAUAAAGAUGAUAUAUUUUAUAUGGAAAAGAUGAUGGGGCUGGUUUUGGAAGAUAGAAAUAUGAAGAAGUUUGGUUUUUAAUGUGUACAGCAUGUAUAUAUAGAUAUAAAUAGGUAAUGUUGUUCACAUGAUGAUUUUGAAGGGGGCCGUCUAAAUUCUAAUAUUUGUUCUUGUAUUUUUAGUUUUAUGGUAGUGAAUUAAAUGUGUUCUUUUCUUUUUUCA